AUGGAGAUACCUGCCAACCCUGAAUCCAAUGACUGGCUUUGGAUUUAUGGGGACCUGGUCACUGGCAUUGGACAAGGCAAAUGGGCACGUACCCAGAUGGAGGGUUGCAUGGUUCGUUACAAGCAAUCCAGUCCUGGCAUCCGUGAAGUGAACAUCUACUUGGAAGGAUCAAAGGAGAAGAUGCAAUUCAAGUCCUUCAAGUCCUUCGUCCGUGUAGAUGUUGACUGGCUUGACUCUGAAAACUACCAUGGAUCUUCUGGCCUUUUGGGAAGCUAUGAUCACAAUGGUGCUCGCCUUGUCGAGAUGGCAAAACUCUCAUGA